AUGAAAUAAAAAAGGUAUUCUAAUUUCUUGGAUUAAGAAGAAUAUGCUUAAUUUUAAUAUCAUGAAGGGAUUUCAAAAAGUAAUAAUUAAAAAUGCUCAAAUUAUUACAAUAGAAUUUCAGAAUUAAAUAAUAGAGAUCAAAAUCUAUAUGUAAAUCGUAUUUAUAAUACUAAUAAUCUUGAAAAAGCAAAAGGUUUAAAAGACAUUAAACGAUAACAUUAAUUAUAUUAAAUAGCUUUAAAGUUUAAGAAGAUUCUUAAUGAAGAUUUUAUAUAAAAUCAAAAAUUAGUAGAAUUCAAAGAUCCUUAUGGUUAAUAAUGUACCUGUCUCAUAGGAAAUGAAGUUGAAUAUCCUUAAUUCAAAAAUAAUGAGGUCUACUAUCUAUUUGGAGUACAAAUAAAAGAAUCUAUAAAUUAUUAAAAAAAUUUAUAGAUUAUGAUAUAAAAAGGUAAAAUCACUUAAUACCCUCCAGAUGAUUAAAUGUAAUAAACUUAAUAGCUUAAAUAAGAAUAAAAGAACAAUUCUCUAGAUAUAAAUUAAUCCAAUUCAUCAUUAAUUAAUCAACUUUAAUUAUUUGAACAACCUUAAUAGAACACAGAAAUAAAGACAUAUUUUAAUAUUUUAGCAAUAGUAAUUUAAUAAUUUGAUAGAACAAAAAUUUUGAGUUAAAAAUGUAGAAAAUAUUUUGAUUUUGUUAAGAUUGAGGUUAUGGAUUAAGAUGGUUAUUUAGUAUCUAUUACUUUAUGGAAUACAUUUUUAGAAUAUAAAUUCACUCCUUAUUAGAUUGUAUUUUUUUAGAAUUUAGAAUUAAAGUCUUAUAAAGGACAAUAAUAUCUUUAAACCAUUGAUAGAGUAUCAAAAAUUAUAAUUGAUGAUUCAAGAUUAUAAUUAUUAUCUAAGUAUUUAAUUAAAAUUUUUUAGUUAUUAUGAAGUAAAGGAAGCUAUGAUCAAACAUUAAGAGAAUGAAAAAUUUAAGAAACUUAUAACAUAUCAAGAAAUAUAAUAAUUGAAUCCUAUUUGA